UUCCUUCUAACUUUCACGCAAGCAAGCAAAGAGGGAAGUGCCAAAGGUGAUCGCCUUCCUUUCCUCUCUCUCGGUGUACAAGAGUUCAUUUGAUAGUCAUCGAAUCGAGAAUGACUCCCGUCUUCGUUCUAUUCGUCCUUCUCUGCUCAGAAUUUGGCUUCCUUCGUCUUGGCUUCGCAUUAGGCAUCAACUAUGGCCAAGUAGCCAACGAUCUUCCCACUCCAGAUCAGGUUCUCAGCAUCUUGACAUCCCUCAAGAUCACGAACACAAGGAUCUACGACACCAACCCCAAAGUCCUGGCAGCGUUCGCGAACACUGGCAUCGAACUCAUCGUCACGGUUCCCAAUGAAUCCGUCGGCCUGCUCACCGACCCUCGACAAGCUCUGCAAUGGGUGGCGACUAACGUGAAACCUUACUUCCCUGCCACAAAGAUCACCGGCAUCGCGGUGGGGAACGAAGUGUUCACGAGCGACGACCCGACGUUGAUGUCGAACCUCGUCCCGGCCAUGGUCAGCAUCCACGCCGCGCUCGUCCAACUCGGCCUCGACUCGUACAUCCACACCUCGAGCGCCAAUUCCCUGGCCGUGCUCGAGAACUCAUACCCCCCUUCCUUCGGGUCAUUCCGGCCGGACCUCGCGAACCUGAUGGCGCCAUUCCUCCAGUUCUUGGCCGCAACCAAGUCCCCGUUUUGGAUCAACGCUUACCCUUACUUCGCCUACAAGGACGACCCCGAGAGGGUUCCCUUGGACUACGUCCUGUUCAACCCCAAUUCGGGGAUGAAGGACCCUUCCACAAGUCUGCACUACGACAACAUGCUAUACGCCCAAGUCGACGCCGUGAUCUUCGCCAUGGGUCGGUUCGGGUACGGCGGCGUGGAGGUGAGGGUGUCGGAGACCGGCUGGCCAUCGAAAGGCGACCCCGACGAGAUCGGUGCGAGUGCAGAAAAUGCGAGGGUCUACAACAGGAACCUGUUGCUGAGGCAGAUGGGGAACGAGGGGACUCCACUGGUGCCUCACCGGCGACUGGAGGUGUACUUGUUCGCACUGUUUAACGAGGAUAUGAAGCCCGGGCCAACGUCGGAGAGGAACUACGGUCUGUUCCGGCCGGACGGCACCGUGGCCUACAACAUGGGGUUGACUGCACUGCCUGUUUCUUCUUCUUCUUCUUCUUCUGCUGCUGCUGCUUCCGUUUUUCUCACAUCCUCUGCCACAAGGGAAAGUAAGGAGACGGGCAGCUUCUGGCAAUGGGGGACUUUGGAUCCAUUGUCGUGCUUGCUCUCUGAAAGACUCACGAAAUUUCCGAGCCCAAAGGAGAUGUACCAAACCAAGGCAAAGACCACCGCUGUACCAUAUCCUACCUUUCCGAGAGCACUAAAGUUCCUUUGGAGGAUUCUUCUUUGCAUGGCCAGUGACUCAAGAAGAAAGUCCUUGGAUUCUCGAGGAUACAGGGAAUGGGACGAGCUCUCAGACGACAGCCAAGAUGGGACUUCCGUUUCCCACUUUGCAGCCUUUGGCUUCCGCUUAAAGCUGGUCUUGAGAUAAGCUAAAUUAUAGUUGACGGCAACUCGAUUCGGUGAACUAAACUAAGUGUAAGAAAGAUUGGAUACGGUGGGUCUCGUCCGAGUGCACUUUAUUCUCUGACCGAAAUGUCGGCAGCGGAUCCGAAGCCAUGUGAUGUGAGCUCGCCUUUGUGUUUGUGGGCGGUGGGAUUCAUCUCUCUCAAAAAUACGGAUUUAAGCUUUCUAUCUCAGAAAUUUUUUGAUACAAAUUAAUCGUGCUAUGAUGGGAUGUGCCAAUUUUAG